AUUUACUUGAUCUAACCCCAAAAAAACCUUAUGGAUGAUAUUAGUCGCGUAAGCCUACGUGUUAAACUAAAUGUUACCUAACACGUGCUCGAGAGCUCAGAGGUGUAACAUUCAGGGUAGAAGUCAGAUAAACUAGUUUUAUGUAACCAGGCCCCGGCGGAUUUUAACUUUUGACUGUGGUAUUACAAUUUAUCACUAUAGCGUGACAUGUUUAAAGCCCACUGUUUAGUCGUGGUUGUGGCUGUAUAAUGGUGCCUCGCAGACAACUCCCCUCCCCUGUACGUCAUGAUUGCAGUCACUGUUGGUGAAAGACACGGAGUGUUUUCCAUUUAUGUGAUGGAUGGUUGGACUCGACUCUCGUCAUAGCAAUGUGGAAUUUCCAGCACUGGUUCAGAAAAUGUCAUUGGAGCGAGGAGUGAGUGGCAACGUCGCUAAAUUUGAAUCGCGGCCAGGAGAAUGGGGAAAGCCAAUAAGACAACGUUUUGACAACAUAAAGUAGUGGUCGCCUAUAGCAAAUGUUCUUGCUGUGGUUUUCACACCUGAUGAUGAUUGCUUGUGUUGCAGUCGACACGUCGUGAGAAUUGUAUUGUUUUAUAUUUUAUUGUUUCCCUCCUACGUGACUUUACCGAAAGAACCAAGAAUAAUCAUCAACAUGUAAAGCAUAAUUAAAUUACAAACAGCAUUGCACUGUAACAUUUUCUAAUUGUGCGUGCAUGAUGCUUACAUAUCAUAAGAUCAUUAAUGAUAAGAUGUAUAAUUUCUGCGUAAUUGUACCAAGACAGCAGUGUUUCUUAAUCAUGGCAUUAUCUAACUUAAUACAUGCACUGAAUUGUGUAUGAUUAAUUAUCAUGUCUCGCAGGGAACAUGAUAUGCUGUGGUUUUGUUUAACACUAACGACUUAAUGACUCCAAAGAGUCAUUAAGAUUUCAAGUUAAAGCUAACAUGAGCUUAUCUCAUGAUAAACUGCUUCGAGUAACUUGAGCAAUUUUUUCAUGGUCAUAAUAGUUUUGACACGCAAUUCACUAUUUAGUGGCCGUACCUGUUAAUGUAAACAUUUACUUGAAGUGCACUUAAUGGUGUAUUAAUAUGCAUUUUAUCACAAACGAGAUGAAAAAGAGCACAGUAUUUAUAUAUUGCCAAAGUUAUAAACAGUGUCACCAGCCCAUCCGAAUCAAGUACAGUAGUCACACAGUCUGAAAGGGGGAUUCAUAAAUGUUGAUGUUUAUAGUUAUUGUAUAAAACAUAUAUGCAUAUACAGUGUGUAGCGCAUACACAGUGGGUUCUGCUGCCCCCAGAUACACCAUUAAGUCACAACAUAAUUUGGGGAUUACAGACCCAUUUAAACAUAAACUAGGUGGCAGAUUGUGAAUUCCCAAGGCAUCAUGAUAGAGUAGUACAAGACGGUUUAAAGCAAAUUGGUUGAAAUCAUGUUCUUUGGUUUCUUCCUAAAUGGCUGUAUAGUCUAUUGGGCAGUGUGCUCACCACAAUCAACUGUUCAAUUCCUGCAACUGGCCAGUUAAUUUCUCCUGGGGAAUCACUAAAGCAUGCCUUCAGCUUUAAAGUGCACAUUUUAAAGGUUAUGCGACAAUGUUCAGGAGCAGGCUAUUGUGUGCCUGUGUCAUUGCACUAAUCGCAAUUGUUUAUUUACCCAAAGCUAAAUUAUAAAUAAAUCCCUCCCCCCUGCAUACAUCAGAAUAUUUGAUCGUUUUAUACGUGCAUUCAUCUUCCCAGUCUAACUGCCAAACUUGUUAAUUUUUAAAUGACUUAAUGGUUAAAGCUAUACCUUGUAAAACAAAAGGAAAACUUCAAUCCGUUUAAUUAAAUAUAUUUUGGUGACUUUUAUGUAAUCCACUACUAAGUUCUAACAUUGUGAUCAAAGCCAUAUCUCGAAAAUGGAGAUGAUUAAUUAAUAUACCCAGGUGUUUUAAUAACAGGCUCUCAAUGGCAUUUAUCAUACAUAAUUUCACCAAUUUUUUCUUUAUGUUGUGUGUUUGCAGGAACCAUUUGAGGUGGUUAUAAUAGUGGUUUUGUUCUGAAAACAUGGAAAACCUGGGAAAAUCCAGGAGUGUUGGUGAAAGCCAACUACAGAAGGUGAUAAGGGACAUGCAAGAAUCUGUGGAAGGUUUGUGCAAAGAAUUUCAAGAACAUGGAGAGCCCAUAACGGAUGACAGUGGCAACCUGCACACAUUUUGUGCAAAAUUGGAAUACCUUUUACAGUUUGACCAGAAGGAAAAGAACACACUGCUGGGCCACAGAAAGGACUACUGGGAUUACUUUUCAGAUUGCUUGGGAAGGCAAAAAGGCCACAAUGAUGGAAUACGCUUUGUGAAGUCCAUCUCUGAGCUAAAGACAUCUCUGGGAAAAGGCAGGGCUUUCAUCCGUUACUGUCUGGUGCACCGGCGCCUUGCCGACACCUUCCAACAGUGCCUCAUAAACCACAAAACCACCAGUGACUGGUACUAUGUGCGAAGUCCAUUUUUUAAAAAGGACCUGAACUCCUCCAUCAUUGAAUCUCUCUAUGAACUAAAUGAAAUCCACUUUGACCUUGCUCCCAGAGGGCAUGACCUCGAUGCUGAUUGGCCAGUUUUUGCAAGGAGGUCAUUGGGCUUCUCGCCAACUCAUAACUGGAAACCACCGAGUCGUAGCUCAAGCAUGAACAGCCUAGCGAGCAACAUUUCCCAGGUUAUGGACAUAUCAAUAGGGCCGGAAAUGAUGGAUUCAGAGUCUGAAGCACAAUUGGAGAGCCUGAGGCUGGAGCUGGACCGCUCGGAGAUGCGGAAGCGGGAGAUGGAGGCACGGAUCCAGCGCAUGGAGACCGAAAGGCACCAGCAGAUAGAAGCACAGGUUGCCAUGACUGGAAUCCAGAAACAUGGGGAAGAGCUGCGGAGCACUGGGGAGGAGUUACGCAGUGCGAGGGCAGAACUUAACAAAGAGAGAGCAGAGCUUCAGACAGAGAGGGAGGAGCUCUGCAAAGAGAGAGAAGAGCUACGGAGGGAAAGAGAAGUGGUCAGGGGGGAGAGGGAACAGCAAUGUGCUGACAAAGAGCAACUGAACAAAGAAAAAGAAGCAUUACUCAUAAGACAAGAGGAACUCAAGAGAGAGAAUGAGGUCCUGGCACAGAGAGUGAGCAUUUUGGAGUCGGAGAUGAAUAGCAAUCAAACAGAGGGCACUCCGGAUCCAUCGGCUAAAUCAGAUGUAUCUUCUGCAGAACUCGUAGAAGAAUAUUUUAAAAAAGAACAAAUUCUUCAAGAAAAUAUUUUUCACCUCGAGAAUACCAACAAAAAGCACCUUGAGAGAGUCGCUGAGCUCUCGCGGAGCCUGCAGGAGAGCCACGAUGCAGCGAUACACACCACGGCUCAGCUGUCAGAGAGUCAGGCCAAGCUGCGCAGUAUAGAGGAAGCGAAUGAUAGCCUGGCAAGCUGGCUUUCCACUGCCCUUGGUGAUGACAUGGAUGGGAAAGCCCUGGAUGCAUCGCACCCCGAGAGCCUGCAGCAGAAAGUGGAGAGUAUCCUGAAGCAACUGCAGAAAAUCCGGCAGCGGGAAAUGGACCUCAACAAAGUGGCCAAGGAGAAUCAGACUUUGGUGAAGCAACUGAGUGAGCAGGUGAGUGAGAGAGAGUCGGUCCUGUUUGAAUUGCAGACUCGUGCAGAAAAGGAGUACAAAAAACAUCAGACUGAGAUCUCCAGGCUGCACCAAGAGAAACUGGACAUGGAAAGAAAGUGCAAGUAUCAAGAAGAAGAGCGAGAGAAGGCCGUUUCACAGCUGGGAGAGCUUGGAACAUUGAAAGAAAUUGGUGAGAAAAAUAAUGUUGCUUUUGAAAAUGACAAAAGACAUUUGCUGGCUAAGGUAGAUGAGCUUGAAGCAGAUGUGCAAGUCAUUAAAGAGAGAGAAAAAUUUCUCAGAGAUGAAACAGAUAGACUGAGAGAUCAAAUAGAGCAACAAACAUUAAAAAUUACUAUGAUGGAGAAACGUAAUCUUGAGGGGACUGAGACAUUAAAUAAGGAAAACCAAAUUGUCAGAGAAAAUGGUCUCAAGGUCAAAGAGAGGCUUGAAGCUGAGCUGCAAGCACUGAAUGCUGUCCUCGCUGAUAAGGAGGACGCUUUAGCGAAUGCUGCGAGAGAGAGGGAAGUAUUUUGCAGUUCUGCAGGGGAAUUGGCUGCCGAAAAAAGUGCCCUAGCUGAACGAGUGCAGAUUAUGGAGCAGCAGGUGGUCACUGCUCAAGAAGAAACCAUGGCACUGCAAAAGAAGAUGGCAAAAGAAGUUCAGUCACUGGAAGACAGAGCGCGGGAACAAGCAGGAAUAAUGGCAGAGCGAGGAGACGCCAUUAGCAUCCUGAAGUCCAAUUUGGCAACGCUUCAGGAGACGGAGAAACUGCUGCAAAGUCAAGUUGAAGAUGCCAAGCUGUCCUUGGGAGAAAAAGAGCAAAAGCUCAGAGAGGAGAAUAAAGAUCUUAGUGAAAGACUGAAAGAUGUACUGUGGCAGCACGAGGCCUUCAUUGAAAAUAUCACUUCACUGCAACUGGAAAGAGUUGUCUUAAGUAAACAGUUGGUGGCCCAGGAAGAAUCGUUUGCCACUCUGCAAUUAAAUGUGCAAAAAGCUGAGUCACUAAACAGCGAAUAUGAGAAACAACUCAUGAAUUUAAGAGAGGAGGAGGCCAAAUAUAAACUUCUUUUAGAGAAUGUAAAUGCAGCUUUACUGGAGAAGGAAAAUGAACUUCAGACUGUUAACCGGGAAUUUACCGUUGAAAAAAAGACACUGAACAUGGAAUUAGAGCAACAGAAGCAAGCUGUGAGUGCGCUGACUGAAGAAAAUGAGGUGCUUACGAAGUGUUGUACAGAACUAAAAACUGUAAGCAGUAAAGAGGCAGAAGAAUUAAUGUGGAAGCUCGCCUCUUUGGAGGAGCAGCUUGAAGAGAAGCAAAGAGACUUCAGUGGCAUUUUGGAGAAGAUGACCUCUCUAGAAGGAGUCCCUGUCGAUAAUUCUACCAAACUGGACCUUGAGAUAAAGUUGAGCAGUGCUGUAGAAGAACAAAGUCAGGCCAUUGAUCAAAAACUGGCUCACAUGACAAGAAGCAAUUUGCAAUUGCAGGAACAGGUUAAAAGCCUUGAACGUGACAAUAAUAUCUUAAUCAAGGAGAAGAAAAAGGUGGAAGAACAAUCACUUGCUCUAGAAGAAGCCAUGAGCAAGCUUGCACAGCAAGUAGAAUUACUUAAUCAAGACAGUGCUGCAGUUAAAAGUAUGCUGGAGAAGGCGAGAGCAAAUGAGAAAGAGCUUGAAACCAAAGUCCAGACUUUGAUAGCCGAAAAGGAAGAGCUGAAGGGAAGCCUUUCCACACAGUCAUGUGAAGCAAGCGAGAGGUUGAGGUUGGCAGAGCAAGAGCGUUUCGCCCUGUGUCAAGAACGGCAGGAGCUGCACGGCAAGUGUGGGACCCUGGAGGCCGAGCUGAAGACGGUCACCGAGAGCCUUCAGCAAGCAAAUGAGCAUCUUCACUCUGCUCAAGAAUCCUUACAACAGCAUCAGCAGCAAGUGGACAUUGCCAAGGCAGGUCUGGAAGAUCAUGAAGCCAGGCUGGAGUCUUACUCGAAGGAGGUGGAAUCACUAAAGGCUCAACUCUCUGAGAAGGAGACACAUAUCACGUCCCUGGAUAGUAGAGUUCAAGACCUUCUGGCACAGCAUGAGGAACUGAGAGUCCUGAACACACAUCAAGCAGAGCAAGUAAAGCAGCAGCAGACAGCACUGGCAGAGAGAGAGAAGAAGUUGCAGGCUUUAUCACAAUCUCUAGAGAACAUGAUGAAGACGCAGAACUCCGAGCAAGAAGCCUGGCAAGAGAGAUACGAGUCGCUGCGCUGUGAGCGGGAGCAGGUGGAGAGUGUGAGUAUCAGCACCCUGCAGGACCAAAGGGCCCAGGCAGAGCAGAGGGAGCAGUCUCUGCAGGCAGAGGUGGUCACGCAGCAGGACACGGUGGCCCAACUCAAGGAGAAGCUGGUGGAACUACUCAGGGACAAGGACACGCUGUGGAAGAAGACAGAUCAGCUGGAGGCAGAGAAGCAGCAAUACUUCUGGCAGCCAGACCAUAACACCAAAAAGUGUACAUCCUGCAAGAUGGAAUUCGGUAUCUUGACCCGAAAACACCACUGCAGGUCCUGUGGGCUCAUAUUCUGCUCCAACUGCUGCAGUAACUGGGUCGGAAAGAAUCGCAACUGCCGGCCAUGCUACGUCACUAAUAGCAACCUAUCUCCAACAUCCAAUGCGGAUGGGCAGGCAAGGGCUGGUGAUGGGCCACGGACCCCCAAAUCAAGCUCACAGACAUCAGGUGUUUCCCAGUGUGACGAAACCUUUGAAGUCAUCAAUGCAAAUAUCUCUUCUGAUGAUCUCUCUUCCUAACACUUUACUCGGUUCUGCAAAAAAAUGCUGCGAAGUAUAAUUAUGACGGUUGGCACUGCCUUCACUACAUUGUCGCAGUUUAGCAAUACUAAAGAGGCUGUAUGUAAAUUCCAUAAUAUAAUUAAUGAUUUAAUAGACCACUCAAGUGGAAGUGCAUCACUGAAAUGCAAGCACAGCCAGCACCUUUGUGUCGUAUUUCUUAGCAGGUGACCCCCCUCCCCCACGGCGGAGGGGGGGGUAUGGUUAAAACUCCCUCUCACUAAGGAGUCAAUGUGUUUACAGUAUUAUGCACCUAUUGACUGUGUUUGUUGUAAAGUUGUAAAAUGCACAUGACACUAUAAAAGGAAUAUUGCACACAUUUUACCAAGAUGGUUGGUGCAUAUUUUUUUUCCAUAUAUUUGCGUUUUUUUAAUAUGAAAAGCACCUUAACAGGAUUCCAUCAAGUGAUAUAAACACAGCUGUCAGACAAUGAUGCAUAUUUUGUCUUUGUUAUAAACAAGUUGUACAAAAACACAUGCAUAAGUAAUGUAUUUCAUGAAGCCAUGUAAGGAAUACUGCUUGUGAAUUUGGAUUUGAAUUCUUGCAUAUUCUCAAAACAUGUUAAUGUUUGGACGAAAACCACAAACAAGAAAUCUAUUAGACCUGCCUCUUUGCAUUGCUGUAUUGUUAUACUCACUAAAAUUGUAUUUCUCCAAUGAUUAAGGAAAGUAGGUUUUAAACUGUAUUGUUUGUGACUUACCAGAUGCUGGUAACGUUACACACAUUGAAUUUGCAAUGUCUGUAUUGUAUAUCUAAAUAUAUAAAAGGGAAAUUUGUGAA